AUGUACGGGCGCUGGCUUUUGAGCGAUGAUCUGUUUUGGCUCGAACGUAUCAAUAAGGACCGUCACACCAAAUCCUGCUCUCCGAUAUCGGAAACAGUUCUCGAAUGGGUCAUGGAUCGAUUUGAGAAGGAAGCCAGGUUCCGUCUGGUCGCUGCAAACGGAACUGUCCCGUCGGAUGAAGCCUCUGCUGCUGCUGGUUUGGGCCAAUCUGGCAUCGAUGAAGAUGCUGUCUGUGCCGUGUGUCAAGACGGGACGUGUGAAAAUACAAAUGUGAUUCUAUUCUGUGACGUUUGUAAUCUGGCUGUUCAUCAGGUAAAUUUCUUUGGCGAUUGUGUUGUUGAAGUAUGUCAAGUUUACUUUAUUCAAUUUGUAUUUGUACAGACUUUUGCCUGA